AUGUCUCGAGGGAUCUGGCUCCCCCUCUCCGACCACUCUCUUAACGUCAACCUCGAAGCCCCCCGCUGCUGGAACAACUACUACUUCACGCGCGUCAAGCUCCUCUCAGUUGACAAGCUCUGGGCGGACUACGUGAAGGCCAUGAGCCCGGGGUGGAACCUGGGCAACACUCUUGAUGCUAUCCCUAACGAGGGAUCUUGGAACAAUCCACCCGUUGUCGAGAAGACGUUUGACGAUGUCAAGGCUGCCGGAUUCAAGAGCGUUCGUAUCCCAGUCACCUACAGCGACCACUUCACCAGCGCAGCGCCUAACUACACCGUUGACGCGGCUUGGCUGCAGCGCGUGUCGGACGUAGUUGAUAUGGCCACUGCCCGGGGCCUUUACGUUCUCACGAACGUCCACCAUGACUCCUGGAACUGGGCCGACGUGACAAAAGCAACCUCAGAUGCAGACGUCCAAAACCUAAACGACAAAUUCUACAACCUCUGGCUCCAAAUCGGCCGCAAGCUCGCCUGCAAACCCAACCUCGUCUCCUUUGAAUCCAUCAACGAACCCCCCGCCACAACAGCAGACCACGGCGCCCGCAUAAACACCCUCAACGACCUCUUCCUCAAAGCCCUCGCCGACAGCGGCGGCUUCAACACGCGCCGCGUCGUCAACCUCGUCGGCGGCGGCAUGGACGCCACCAAGACGACGCAGUGGUUCAAGGCACCCGCGAGCAUCAAGAACCCCUGGGUGCUGCACUACCACGUCUACAGCCCCUACGACUUCAUCUUCUCCGCGUGGGGCAAGACAAUUUGGGGCUCGGAUGCGGAUAAGGCUGCGAUGAGGAACGAGAUGGCGAUUGUGAGGGGAAAUUUUACGGAUGUGCCGUUGGUGAUUGGGGAGUUUGAUGCGAGUCCGUUGAAUACUGAGCCGGCUGCGAGGUGGAAGUGGACGGAUCAGUUUGUGAGGACGGCGGCGGAGUUGAAUACUGCUGUUGUGAUUUGGGAUAAUGGGCUGGAUCAUCUUGAUCGCAGUGCGCAUGCCUGGCGGGACCCGACUUCGCUGGCCAUUCUGAAUACCGCCGUUAAGGGAACGAAGAAUUCGUUGCCCGAUAGCACUACGGAUGCAUCAGCCACGACGCAAUCAUCAUCCGCAUACGUUUGGAACAAGGUUGGCACUGCGCCGGCGGAUCAGACGCUUCCCUGGUUGUUCAACGGCAACACCUUGCAGUCGGUCAAGACUAUCUCGGGAACUACGCUGGCAGCGAAUACGGAUUAUACCGCAUCGGCGUCCUCAAUCACUUUCAAGGCCGCCUUCUUGUCCAAGUAUCUGAGUGCCACCGCUGCACCAGGGAGCAAGACGAACCUGACGUUGGUUUUCUCUGCGGGGGCGACGUCGCAGGUCGAGCUCGUGCAAUGGGAUGUUCCAGUGGUGCCCGCAACAAGCUCCAAGGCCAUUGCGGGCGCCGACCUGAAGAUCCCCAUCACCUUCAAGGGACUCAAGACGGUUGCUGCUGUCAAGACUUUGCGGAGCGACGGCGUUUACUUAUUUGAUGACUGGACGCAGUACCUUGGACCGUUGCAGCAGGCUCAUAUCACUUUCAACGGGCAGUGGAACUUUGACGGCGGCAACGUUAUUCUACCUUCUGCUACGGUUCAGGCUGUCAUUUCCGCUGGCAAGGCGACGACGUUCACCUUUGAGUUUUACCCCAGGGUUCCUGGCCACAACAUCACUUAUACUCUGAAUCCAUGA